AGGUACAAAGGUUGAAAAAAAAUGUUACAUGAUACCAUUUCAUGUCAGUGCACUGAGAAGUCUGUGUGGGUAUAUGGUGCUCCAAGAAGCAACAGAAAGACUCUGAACAUGAAACUGUCUUGGCUCAUAAUCUGGGCUGGAAUGCUGCUUUUGAAUCAAGUCACUGCUGACUGCAACAUUACUUCUCAAACUGUCAUUUGUGAUGAGUCUGGAAAGAACCUCACUAGCAUCCCCACUGAUUUGUUGCCAAAUGUUACUAAAUUAAAUCUCAAAAACAAUAAAAUAACUUUAAAAUACGACAGAAAGAUUCUUAUAAGGCUUUCUAACCUCACUGAGCUUUAUCUGAAUGAAAACACAAUUACUCUACUGUAUAAUAACAGCUUCUACAGUUUGACAAAACUUGUAAUUCUGGAUAUCAGCAACAAUUGUAUUAAUACAAUUCACCAAGCAGCAUUCGCAGGAUUAUAUCAACUGAUAGUGCUGAAUCUAUCCUAUAAUAGGAUUACUCAAUUAGAUUCAGAUGUAUUAUCUUCUCUAAAAAAUCUGAGAGUUUUGAAUCUACAGAAUAACCUUUUGGAAUACUUUCAUAUAAAACCAUCCUUUAAAUUGACUACAAUUACCUUAGAUGGAAACCCAUGGAACUGCUCCUGUAGCCUCCUUGAUUUACAAAUAUGGCUAACUGCUUCUAAUGUGACAAUGGAAAAUGAGAACAACACUACAUGUACAUUCCCAAACAUAAAGCAAAAAUUCUCUAUCAAGACUGCAACUAUUCAACUAGUUGACUGCGAAACUGAAAAACUUUCUUCAGAAACCACUAUACCUUCCACCUAUGCCAUUAAGCAUCAAAGCACAGACUUUCUAACAGCUCUGACUUCAAACAUCACUGGAAACAAUGAAACACAUGCAGAAUUUCCAGUUCUCGGCAAAAGCUGGACCUUCCUUGUGGGAGUGCUAGGGUUUGUCCUAAGCACUACACUCCUGAUUUUUACUGCCAUAAAAUGCCCAACAUGGUAUCAGUAUUUGAUGAGCUACAGACACCGUCGUCUGGAAGAAAAUGACCCUGAGAUGUUUGCACGGGAGUUCUCAGCUGACAUGAGCUCUUUUCCUGCAAUAUCAGAUAUAAACAAUGAAGAUCCCAUAGUAAUAUUUGAUAAAACUAACGCAUUUGAACCUGAGGAAGAUGGAUUUAUUGAGGACAAAUACAUAGACACUUAUGUAACUGAGCAGAGCUAAUGCCUUACACAAUGGACAAUGAACUGACUUUUCAACCUAUUCAGCCUUCCAGCCUUCUGUACUAUACUAUUUAAAUACAGAACAAAGUGAACCUAAGCAGCCUUGCAUCUCAAAAAACUUGUAACAAAGUACAGCUGCACGAAUCACUAAGGAUAAAAAUUUGGUCAUGUCCACGUGUUGGUGUCACAACAAAUAUUUUGAAACAUGAAGGAACACUGAUCAUCCAUGUUUCAGAAAGAACACUAUAACUUAUGGGAGGAAAAGAGCUUACUGUACACUGCCUAAGAUGACCAAGUCCUUAAAAAGCAUGUUGUGAGCCUGAUAUAAUUACUGACACUAUACAAAUGAAGAAGCCAGAGACAAAAAAACUCUUUGUUUAAACCACUGAAACAGAACACAGUCAGACUGGGGGACUGAAUCCAAAUCAACAGUAUCACAGCUCAGUGGUUUAACAGGCAAAACAAAUAUCUACAAAUAUUUACACUGAAUCACUAGACCAACUUAAAGGUGCCUACAUGCAGUAAAAUGAUAACCAGCACUACUUAUCUGAUACCCUUAUGCUUCAGUUCUCGAUCAAACCAAAUUUCUGCACAUUUUGUUAACACUUAGAAAUAUAUUUAGAGAUAAAUCAGACGUAUUUAUGAGCUGUUGAAAACCACAACAUUAGUGAAAAAUGACUUAUUAUUAAAUGGCAAAUUGUUAUUUUAAAGCUCACCCUUUCAGUCUACUACCACGCAAACUGUUCUCAUGACUUACAAAUUCCUAUUGCAAACAGCUUGCUUCCCUUAUAUACAUCCUUACUUCACCAGACAGGAAUCGCAGUUCUAGUCCCCACUUACACUUACCUUUCCCCCUCUGCUACUACAACACAACAUUCAUAAUCUGCAAUCGGUAGGUCUCCACAGACCAGGAGAAUUCAGUGCCACCUAUCUCUUUCUGGAUGACAAGGUAAGUUAUCAUCACAGCAGUUACUCAGAAGAAUUUAAGGACAGAUACUCCAGCUUCAACUUGAUACUGAUAUAUCAUCUAAGAAGUGUUUGGAUAUCAUCUGUUUCAUGGAUUACACUGCUGACAAAUUUCUGAAUUCAGUAACUUCUCAAUUUCACUGUUUUCAGGUAAGAAUUGGCAGUAUUUGACAGGCAUAUACUUUGCGUACUUACGCUUGUCUUUCUGUGAAAAUUUUAUCCACGCUUUGAGCAUCUCGGUCAUUCUGAACUUUUAACUAGAAAAAAAGAAAAAAAUAUAUAUUUAAUAUAAUAUAUAAGAAGAAAACAUGUUGUAUGUACAAGUUCGAGAUUUUCUGUAAUGGAGAAAGAAGCUGCUCAGAAUGCAGUAGAGAAAGGAGGAGAAGACCUCCUCCCAUAAACAUAAACAAAAAAAUUGGUCAAGAAGCACACAGUUUUCCAGACUACUAAAAUAACAGAAAAAGUAAUCUCAACAAAUGGAACAUGCUUACUGCUUCCAAGGCUUUAAUACUUGGAUAAAUUGUCUCACUAUUCUGGAAAAUUAAGAAAAUUAAGAAGAACAAAGCUGACUGAUUUUGUCAUUGCCUAUGUCGCAGACUUGACUGGAGUUAUUUAAAAGACAGAAAACAGAAGAGAACUAAAAUUUCUAGAGCAUUAGGAAGCUUUAAGCUGCAGUGCAGACAACUGAAUUUGCCUUUCAUAAGGCAAGCAUUCUAUGCUUUUUAGUCAGAUAAAUAACAUAUUGUAAUGCUUGCAAUUUGAGUUGGGGACACAGACUUCUCAAAUCUAAGACACAGAUGCACUAUCACAACAGAAGCACUAUCAUCUGUCCGUACUUUAGACAGUUGCCUCACUGCAAACACAUAAUAACACAAGUGUUAUGUCCAAUUUAAACUGGAAAAGAAAGUAUACAUUUCAAAUAAGUACCAUGCUUUUCUACAUAUGUCAUGUGUUCAAAGCACUGACAUCUAAUAUAUACCAUUUCGUUGAUUAAAUAUAGCAAAUAUCCUAAUUCUUACCAAAUUGUAAUCACGAAUCACUUCUGCUAUGUCUGUAUUGGUGUUAAGUAGAUCCACAACCUGAAAAUAGACAGAAUUCCAACCUGUAAGAAUUUUCAUUUUUUAAAAAGAAAAAGACAAAAAUAAUUACAUACACAUAUACACACGCACACAAAAAAAUAAUCAGAAAAAUAAGUAGCAACUCACAAAGCAUUCACAAAAGUACAGUAUUUAUCUAUUACUGCAAAAAGAAAAACAUUUGAGUUUUAAAUCUGAACAGAUUAUACACAGUUCUUAGAAGUAAUUCUCAUUUAAGGUAGCUAUACAAUAUAGCACUAAUUUAAUUGUAUAUGCAACAGCUUAUCCUAACGCAUACUAAAAUUUCUUGUUUUGUUCUCCUUAGUUUCUAUUUUUUUCUCUUCUAGUAACUGAAUAAACUCAGCAUUAUUAACCACUACACUUUUAAGGAGAAACAACAAUGAAAAAAGAAGUUGAAGUAAAGCAAAAUCAGUAGUAAACAAAGGAAAGAAGGGCAAAGUGUUUUUUUCAGUAUUGAAAGCUGAUAGUAGCAUACCAUGUUGUAGUCCUCUAGCUGACCUUGCCAUUCUUUGAUUUCACCAGCUAAAGCCUCUGCCCUGAAUACAAAACAAGAAGCCAAACUUAAAACAGGAAGUGUUAUACAAUAAAAAUGAAAUAAUAAAAAAAGAUUAAUUUAAUGGUUCCUUGAAGCCUGCACAGUAGCCUAGAACAAAGUCUGGUGACUGAGAAAGUUAACUUUGCAUCAGGUGCCACAGAGCUUACCUUCUCUCAUAUGACAAAUAAGCAGCUUUCUCUUGCUUGUACAUUUUUAUUUCUUCCUGCAGCUUGUUAAUUUCUGAUGUGAGUUCACUGGUUUUGCUUCUGCAAUAAAUAAAUAAAUUUAAAUGUGCAACUAA